AUGGGGUACGUGAAGUAUGUCGCCAAGGUCAAGACGAUUGUGGUGAAACUCCUUCUCCAAGGGAAAUCCCGCGACGACAUCAACGCUAUAGUUGAUGAGAAUAUAUCCUCCAAAUCCCUGAGCCGCUGGAAGAACAUGUUCAUUCAAACACACUUGGUGGUCCGAGACGCCUCGCUAUACGAACCUUGUGGCCGCCCGCUUGCAAUCUCCGUCGAAGAGCAGGACUUCAUCUUGGAUAUUAUCGGUGUGGACCCGACGUUGUAUCUUGACGAGAUACAGAAGGCGGUGCUCGAGUCCUCGGGGGAGCUGUAUGCCAUAUCAACCAUCCAUGAUGACCUCCGACGUCGACUUGGCCUGACGCUCAAGGUUGCGCAACACGUUAGCCCAUCUCAGGACUCGGUGAAGCGAGCAAGAUGGACCAUCAGGAUCGCCAACAUGCCACCUGAGUAUCUUGUCUUUGUCGGUCUUCAUCUCGCCAAGUCCUCGCUUGGCCUCUCAGCGCGCAAGCAGUUCUAUUGUCCGAAAGGACUUCAGGUCCUCUCAGCCAAUAGAAUGUCUAUGCCCAAUUGA